GCGAUCGGUAAGGAGGAGAGGUGGAAUAGCUAGUUGCAGCCAGUUGCAUGAGGGAGUCGAGGGAUCAAGUAGUGUUCAUGACCACUCCGGAUCCUACGGGUAGGCCCACCGGCCAAGGGCAAGCCGAAUCGGUCGAUGCAUGUGCCUGCUGAAUGGUGGACCAGGAAGGUACUCGGAGAAGGCGGGAAGAUCUGGGAGAAGAGGGGUGGCAGUGCUCGCCAAAGGCCGGCGCGGUCAUCGCAGGAAUGCAAUAUGAAUUUUUGAAGUGACGUUUUUGGUUUUCCUUCGCGUGUGGUUGUGGUCGCAGGGCGCAAUCGCAAUCGGGGGAAUGUCAACCUUAGUUUGCUAACUCACACUUGUCAGCACCUCAAACAGCUUUUCGUUGUCGCGGUUUCGAUUGCUCGGCCUAUCGACCUCGGACACAGAUACCAUUCUGUGCGCACGCGCGUACACACAAACACACGCAGACACACACACAGAGAGAGAGAGAGAGAGAGAGAGAGAGAGAGAGAGAGAGAGAGAGAGAGAGAGAGAGAGAGAGAGGGUGUCGAUCGCUGGGCCUGUCGACCUCGGACACAGAUACCAUUCUGUGCGCGCGCACGACCACACAUACACACACACAGAGCAGAGAGAGAGAGAGAGAGAGAGAGAGAGAGAGAGAGAGAGAGAGAGAGAGAGAGAGAGAGAGAGAGAGAGAGAGAGAACGAGAAGAGGAAGAAAAGAGGAGCUUCGAUUCCUGAGAGGAGUAAGGAAGGAGUGAGUGGGGUGAAGUUGAAGUGGAGGAGUGGGAAUGUGUCUGUAGUGCUUAUCCGGACGAUACUGCCAAGUAGGAGAGCGACUGGAAAGCAGGUGGAAGAAAGAUGGAUUGGCUCUAUUUCUGGUCGCCGAGAUGGAAAAGGGGAAGGGUGCGUCUGGACAGCCUAAGAGCUCCGGCCGUGCAAUUCGGAACCCAUCGAACCAUUUACAUCAACGAUCCCCAGAAUGCCACGACGGUAACUUUCCGGGACAACUCUGUUUCAACGACGAAGUAUUCUCUCCUGACUUUCCUCCCGAAGGGGUUGUUUGAGCAGUUUCGACGAGUUGCCAACUUUUAUUUCCUCAUCAUUGCUGUAUUGUCAACAACACCGAUCAGUGACAAAAUCAUCAAUUCGAGCCCAACAGAAGUUAUGCGCUCUGGCACUUGGCUAACUGUUCCGUGGAGUGACGUUGUAGUGGGGGACAUUGUGCGGGUGAAAACAGACACAUUCUUUCCAGCAGACUUGCUUUGCCUUGCGAGCACUAAUCCAGAUGGGAUUUGCUACAUUGAGACUAUGAAUCUCGAUGGAGAAACAAACCUGAAGAUACGCAAAGCACUGGAAAGAACAUGGGAUUGCAUUGCAGCGGAUCAAGCAAUGGGCUUCCGAGGCGUUGUGGAGUGCGAGCAGCCAAACAAUUCCCUGUACACGUUCACGGGAAACCUGAUCAUUGGCAAACAGACUUUGCCGAUUACUCCUAACCAGAUCUUGCUCCGGGGGUGCAGUCUGCGGAACACAGAAUGUGCUGUUGGAGCCGUGAUCUUCACAGGGCAUGAAACCAAGGUAAUGAUGAACACAAUGGACGUGCCUUCAAAACGGAGUACGCUUGAGCGGAGGCUGGACAGGCUCAUUCUUGUGUUGUUCUGCGUCCUUUUUGGGAUUUGCUUCAUUGGGGCCAUUGGAAGCGCAUCGUUUGUCAGUGAGAAGUACUGGUACCUGCAGCUCCUCCAGGCAGAUGAACAGUAUAACCCCAAGAACCGUGUUUUGGUUGCAUUCUUGAAUCUCCUGACGUUCUUCACCUUGUACAGUACAAUCAUACCCAUAUCGCUCUAUGUUUCAAUUGAGAUGAUCAAGUUCAUUCAGUCUAAUUACUUCAUUAACAGAGACCGAAACAUGUACCAUUUAGAGACCGACACUCCGGCCUUGGCACGCACAUCGAACUUGAAUGAAGAGCUUGGACAGGUGGAAUACAUAUUUUCGGACAAGACUGGAACGCUGACGAGAAACCUGAUGGAGUUUUUUAAAUGCUCCAUAGCUGGGACAAUGUAUGGCACUGGUGAGGAGAGGUCUUCCGAUGCAAUUCAUGAGAAAGGGUUUAAUUUUGAUGACAAGCGCCUUUUGAAGGGGGCCUGGAGGAAUGAAUCGGAGUCAGAAGUCUGCAAGGAAUUCUUCAGACUGCUUGCAAUCUGCCAUACGGUCCUUCCUGAGGGGGAAGAGACUCCGGAAGGUAUUGAGUACCAGGCAGCCUCCCCUGACGAGGCCGCUCUUGUAGCGGCAGCAAAGCACUUCGGUUUCUUCUUUUACAGGCGAACUCCUAAUUGUGUCUGGGUGAGGGAGUCCCACGUUGAGAAGUUCGGGCGCAUACAGGAUGUUGAGUACGAGAUUCUCAACGUGCUUGAAUUUAACAGCACGCGAAAGAGGCAGUCGGUGAUUUGCCGUUAUCCAAAUGGAAGGCUGGUAUUAUACUGCAAGGGUGCAGAUAACGUGAUAUUCGAGCGGCUUGCUGACCAGGGGAACCGUUUUAAGGAAAUUACAAGGCAUCACCUGGAAAAAUACGGAGCAGAUGGACUGCGUACGCUCUGCUUAGCAUAUGUGGACUUGGACGAGGACGAGUACAUAGCAUGGAAUGAAAAGUUUGUGCAGGCCAAGUCAUCUUUGAGGGACAGAGAAAAGAAGAUGGAUGAUACUGCAGAGCUUAUUGAGAAGAACUUGGUUCUUCUGGGCUGCACCGCCAUUGAAGACAAACUCCAGGAGGGUGUGCCAACCUGCAUUGAAACGUUAUCAAGGGCGGGAAUCAAGAUCUGGGUUUUAACGGGUGACAAGAUGGAGACAGCGAUUAAUAUUGCAUAUGCUUGCAGCUUACUGACAAAUGAGCAAAGGCAGUUCGUUAUCAGCUCGGAGACACCUGCGAUUCGCCAAGCAGAAGAUAAAGGAGAUCCCAUCGAAGUCGCAAAAGUGAUAGAGGAAACUGUCCGUGAAGCAUUGACAUCCGCAAUGGCAGAAGCUCAGUCAAUUGAGUCAUCGCAUGAUGGGAGGGAUUUGGCCCUUGUCAUCGAUGGAAAGUGUUUGUCAUAUGCAUUUGACCCACAGCUGAGACAUACGCUUCUACAGCUUAGUAUGCGCUGUAAGGCAGUUGUCUGUUGCCGGGUGUCGCCUCUAGAGAAAGCAAAGGUGACCAAGCUUAUCAAAGAUGGUGCAAACAAGAUCACAUUGAGCAUUGGGGACGGUGCAAAUGACGUGAGCAUGAUCCAAGCAGCACACGUUGGCGUGGGAAUCAGUGGGAAAGAGGGCAUGCAGGCGGUCCUUGCUGCAGACUUUGCCAUUGCCCAGUUCCGGUUCUUGACUGAUCUGCUCCUUGUUCAUGGCCGCUGGUCCUACAAUCGCAUCUCCAAGGUUGUGGGUUACUUUUUCUACAAGAAUCUCACGUUCACGUUGAUUCAGUUUUGGUUCAACCUCUUUGCGGGCUUCUCAGGGCAGAGGUUUUAUGAUGACUGGUUCCAGUCUCUCUUCAAUGUCAUGUUCACUGCUCUCCCAGUCAUUGUUGUUGGUAUUUUCGAUCAGGAUGUCGAUGCAACGAGGGCUAAGGAGUUUCCUCAGCUUUACAGAGCAGGCAUCAAAAAUUUGUACUUCAACUGGCCUGUCUUGGCACGCUGGCUAUUCUUUGGUGUCUACCAGUCGCUGGUUUGCUUCUUCAUUCCGAUGAAGGCAGGCUGGGGUGCCAUUAAUGCGGAUGGAAAGACUUUCGGCCUCUGGGAUCUUGGCACAAUGGCUUACACUGGAGUUGUGACAACUGUGAACAUUCGCCUUGCUUUGGCCGUCACUUUCUUGACGAAAUGGCAUCAUAUUACCAUCUGGGGCAGCAUAGCAGCAUGGUAUAUCUUCGUGUUUGUGUACUGUGGAAUCCCGCCGGGUAAAGUCCUCGCAACCCAGGAUAAUGUGUAUUAUGUCAUCUUCAAUCUGAUGAGCACAGCUUAUUUCUGGCUAAUGGUUGUGUUCGUUCCCUGCGUCGCACUGUCAGGCGACUUCCUCUACCAAGGAUCGUUGACUAUCGUUUCUUGCGUGCAAAACACUGGCUUCUCGUUUGACACACCUGAGUUUGAGUCCUUCUUUGCAUCGCAGGAGGGUGUGAAGGCGCCAGCAAGGUCAUGGGAUAUUGCACAACGCGUAAGCAUGAAUAAGCGAAGAACUGGAAGGAAGAAGAAGGAGAAGGAACACCGCGGGGGAUUGAGAGAAGCACUGCCAAGAAUUCCACCGCUGAAGCACCCCUCAUCUUCAAGCCUUGACCAGACCCCUCCACCACCCGGAGGUGACAGAAAUCUGAUAUGAAGACGUGGGUAAGUAAGAGGACUUGAUGAUGUGCCCGUAGGGCUAAGUAUGGAUUUUGUAGGUAUAUGCUGCAGGAAAGUCUGGGGUGUCUCAGAGUGACAGGGCAGACAUGGAGAGGCUUGCAAAUAGUGCUGGUGAUCGGCGAUUCGGCAGCCAUCGUAAAGGACCUGACAACAGUAAAGGGGCUUUAUGACAAGCUAUGGAAGCAGAUGCCUUGUGUUAAGCUAUGGCAAUGGAGAGAGGCUCCGUAUCGACUCUGCUGGAGAGGGGCUCACAAAGCCGUGGGAGCAGAAGUUGUAGUUUAUAUCCUUUCCUGUGCAAUCCAUAAAGCCGACAUGUAGCCGCUCACACGAAUAUGAGGCGAUGGGCAGACUUCAUGAAAAACAAUGGGCAGGAACAAGGCUUCGUGAGAGUCUUCCAGAACGCUAUGGCUUCGUGAGAGUCUUCCAGAACGCUAUUGCAAUAGAGAGGUUUCAUAGAAAGCUGUGGAAGUAAAGAGGCUUUGCAGAAGUAAGGAGGCCUUUUUUAUCCUGUAAGGCUUCUGGCAAGUGCGGGGCUUUAUGAGAAGCUGCAGUUUCACAUCAAUCGUGAUGCAGUGUUUGAAGGGAGCAGGGCCUGCGGUUCCAGUGAAUUAGCGGUCUCGGUGUCGAGCUUGUUUAUCGCGCAGAGCUGAAGCACAGCGCGCCAGCGGAACGGUGUAAACAGAAGUAAGGAGGCCUUCUCGUACUGUAAGACUUAAGUGAGGGACUUUAUGAGAAGCUGCAGUUUCACACCAAUCAUGACCCAGUGUUUGAAGGGAGCAGGGCCUGCCGUUCCAGUGAAUUAACGGUCUCGGUGUCGAGCCUGUUUAUCGCGCAGAGCUGAAGACAACGCGCCAGCGGAACGGUGUAAACAGAAGCAAGGAGGCCUGGCUUUAUGAGAAGUUGCAGUUUCACAUCAAUCGUGACCCAGUGUUUGAAGUGAGCAGGGCCUGCCGUUCCAGGAAUUAGCGGUCUUGGUGUCGAGCCUGUUUAUCGCGCAGAGCUGAAGGACAACCCGCCAGCGGAACAUUGUAACGGCUGUUUGAUGCAGCGGUCAGGGUCAUCAGUAUGUUGCAUUGUUCUCUUACAGUGCUCACUAGUGUGACAUGCAUCUAGAGGCACUUGGGCCAUUGAGGUUCACAGCAAGGGAAUGAUGAGGUCUUUGAAGCUCUGUUCAGUCCACCUGUGGGCAUGAAUUGACAACCGCCUUUGCACUUUUCGGUCCACCUGUGGGGCAUGAAUUACAACCGCCUUUGCACUUUCCGGUCGCCUGCCGGGCAUGAAUAGACAAGCGCCUUCGCACUUUUACUGUUGCUUGAAGCCAUUCUGAUGCUUCAGAGAGAUGGCAGGCCAGCCAGUUGGUCACUGGCCGCUGUCUCGGCUAAUUUUUAAAUGAAAUAUAGGCAUUUCUUUUGGAGGGUUCUUGUCACUUCUUGAUUCUUGAUGGUGAUUGCAACCCACCAAAGGCUUGUGGUUAUGAAUUGACAAACCCCCUUUGCGCUCUUCCUGUGUAGCUGGAACGUGUUCCGAGAACAAUUGUGUCGAUAUGUUUCGCAUAGGCCAAGAAGUUAAAUUUUUAGACACCUUGCCGUUUGUGUCGUCGUGUCGAUUGAGUGGAAGGAGACCGCGGCAGAUUGGUAGAUCCGCAUUCUCAAAUCUGUGGAAAAGGUUGGUGAGCAGCACAAAGCCACAGAACAGUACCAGUGUUAAUAUGUCAGCGAUAUUCCUUUGUACACACGGUGAUGGCUGUCUGUUCUUGUAAUGUGAUUGUGCAAUUCUGAUGUGCAACUGUCGCAAGCUGAACGACUCCAGCACCAAGCUGUUAAUCCCAGAAGCUUGUCGCAGCGUUGAGCUUGUGAAACGCACCUGCUGACAGCUUGUGUAUCCCAGUGGUGCGAAACGCGACUGGCUUUGUGUUCCUAUCAGCCUUCCACAGUGGUAAUCAUGAGGAUCU